AUGGCCGGCGAAGCAAUGGCACCGGAGAAGCUCGUCGCGAGGAAGGGCCGGCUGCGGCAGCGCUACGACAACGAGUACCGCCUCGUGGCAGGGUGUGUGCCGUAUCGGGUGGACAAAGACGGGCAGCUCGAGGUUCUCAUGGUCUCCACGCCCAGCAGGGACGAUCUCGUCUUCCCAAAGGGCGGCUGGGAGGACGACGAGGACGUCUACGAAGCUGCCUGUCGCGAGGCGCUGGAGGAGGCCGGAGUCAGGGGCACCAUCAACAGAGACUCGCUGGGGCUGUGGGUGUUCAGGAGCAAGAGCAGCCAGAGCGAGCAGAGCAGCGACAGCCCGAGGGGCGCCUGCAAGGGCCACGUCUUCGCGCUCGAGGUCACCGAGGAGCUCGAGCAAUGGCCGGAGCAAGACACCCACGGCAGGCGAUGGGUCUCACCGGCGGACUCGUACGGGCUCUGCCGCUACGACUGGAUGCGCGAGGCGCUGACGGCGUUGCUGGACCGUUCAUCAACUUGGACGUCCCCUGUAGUGGCAGCCGUUGCGGUGGCUGAGAGCCCUGCGGUGCCGGAUCAGCUGAACGAGCACGCUGGCAUGUGCAUGAACAUGAUGCUGGCCGCGGAUCGAGCGGUGGCGCUUUGCUGAAGUGCUAUAGAUGUGGAUGAACUGACGACACACAGGCUCAGCUCAGCAGCCAGAAGCCCAGGACUCGUCUGAUGAUAUCUUCCUUCAUUUCUUCAUUGUCGCUAUAAUCAGUAAUUAAUCAGCGUUCGUCGUAAUUAUACAGAGUCAUCCGGCAUAUAUAAUCGAACCCUAACCUCUGAUGAUUGCCAACUUGUAUGAUCGAUCCAUAACUGGUAUUCCCAAUGUAAUGUGUAACUCUAAGAGCCACUUAAUCAAGUCACCGUGCCUGUAAA